UGGGUCCCUUGCCGUCUUCCCGCUGCCCCUUUCCCUCGCGGGGGUACGUGCCGCCCCGCUUCGCCGGGGCCAGCUGGGCCCGCUCGGCUCGCGCGGAGCCACCACGUGAUCCCUGCGCGGCUGCUGCCAUCUUUUUUGGGGGCAGCCGACGCCGCCCGACCCGCCCGGGCGGGGUGGGCUGGGGGAAGGGCGGAGGGAGGGCGCGGUCACGUGGCGCGGGGCCCUCAGCCCGUCAGGAGCCGCCGUGGGGUUUGGCGCCAACGGUGGGGGCGGGGCGACGGGAAGGCGGGAAGCGCCCAUUGUCUGCGAGGGGCGGCCGGGCCGGGGCCAGCCGUCACCAGCCGGCCCUCCUCCGGCCCUGCUGCGGCUGUCAGCGCCGCUCCGGGGCCGGCCCUCGCACGCUCCGUCCCGCUCACCGCUCGCUCCGCCCGCGCAGGAUGGAAGAGGACCUGGCCGCACCCUCCACGUCCGCGGACAGGACGGACAGCAUGGACGUGGACGCGGAGUCCAAGAAGCUGCUGGGGCUGGGACAGAAGCACCUGGUGAUGGGGAACAUCCCGGCUGCUGUGAACGCCUUCCAGGAAGCUGCCAGCUUGCUGGGUAAAAAGUACGGUGAGACGGCGGAUGAGUGUGCAGAAGCUUUUUUUUAUUAUGGAAAAUCGCUCCUGGAGUUGGCAAGGAUGGAAAAUGGCGUAUUGGGAAAUGCUUUAGAAGGGGUGCAGGUUGAAGAGGAAGCAGAAAAAGCUGAAGAUGAUUCUGCAUUGCCGGCUGUUGACGAAGAAGCAAGGGAGGAGUUAAGAGAACAGGUAUAUAAUGCCAUGGGGGAGAAAGAAGAGGUGAAGAAGUCUCCAGUGCUAACUGAGAAGGAAAUCAAAGGAGAGGAUGUUGAAAUGGAAGAUGUUCCAGAAGAAAAGCCAAAAGAAGAAAAAGUUGCAGACAUGGAGGUAAAGCUUGAAGGGUCUGAAGAGAAGACACAGACUUCUGUGGAGAAAGUAAUUUCAGAAGAGCACGGCCAGCAGACAGCUGUGGAGAAGACUACAGAAGAAGCAGCUGUGGAAGAGAAGGCAGUGGAAAAAGAGCAGAACACGGAGCACGAAGAAGCAGAGACAACUGAGGGGAAGAACAGAAUGAAAGAAGCCUCAGAUGAGGACGCAAAGGCAGCUGUAGAAGCGGCUGAAGCUGCAGAAGCACCUGUGGAAAAGAAGGGAGAGGCAGGAGAGCAGACAACAGAAGCAACAGAAACUGAGACAGCAAUGAAAAAGGGAGAGUCUAUAGAAGGGCAGGCAGAGGUGGCCGUGGAGGAGAAGGCAAUGUCACAAGAAGGGACAGCAGAAGGGGAGGCAGUGGUCACGGUAGAACAGAAAGAAGGUGCGGAAGGACAAGCAGAACCAGCUGAAAAGGUGGAGGAGAAGGAGUCACUGGAGGCAGCUCUGGAACAGAAACCAGAUGAAUCUAAAGAGAUGGAUUCCUCAAAGGAACCAGUGUCUGCAGUGGAUGAAGAUCCAUCUAAUAAUUCAGGAGAAAAGACUGAAGUGGCUGCUAAGGUGCAGAAAGAGGAAAAGAAAGAUGACCUGGUGGAAGAGAGUGAAGGUGCUAAGGUAGAAAAAGAAGAGAAAGAUGACCAGAUGGAAGAGGGAGAAGAAACAGAAGAAUCUGACGAGGAAGAUAAAGAAAAUGAUAAAGCUGAAGAUGAUAAGGAGAAUGAAUUGGCAGUGGAAGACAAGGAAAGUGAGGAGGAAGAAAUUGGAAAUCUUGAGCUAGCCUGGGACAUGCUGGAGUUGGCCAAAGUCAUCUAUAAGAGGCAAGAAACAAAAGAAGCUCAGCUUCAUGCAGCUCAGGCUCAUCUAAAGCUAGGAGAAGUCAGCAUUGAAUCUGAGAACUAUGUGCAAGCUAUAGAGGAGUUUCAGGCCUGUCUGGCCCUGCAGCAGAAAUACCUGGAAGCUCAUGACCGCCUGCUGGCUGAAAGCCACUACCAGCUGGCACUGGCGUACCACUACAACAGCCAGUUUGAUGAGGCAGUUCUGCAGUUUGGUAAAUCCGUAGAAGUCAUUGACAAGAGAAUGGCAAUGCUUACUGAACGAAUAAAGAAGGCAGAAAGUGGGUCCCCUGAAGAUGAGAAGGAGAUUGAAGAACUGAAGGGACUUCUCCCUGAAAUCAAAGAAAAGAUAGAGGAUUCAAAGGAGUCUCAAAAGAGUGCAAGGGUAGCUGAGCUGGCAUUGAAAGCAACUCUGGUUGGAACUACAUCUGGCUUUGCACAAAGUGAAGACAGUGGCUCUGUUUCUACAAUUCCAGUAAGAAAAGCAGCUGAUGGAGCAUCUCAGUGUGUUACAGACAUCUCUCACCUCGUCAGGAAAAAGAGGAAACCAGAGGAGGAGACCCACCAGGGAGACAAUGAAGCUAAGAAAUCUAAACCAGAACCGGCUGUCAAUGGUGGCGGUGGUGAUGCUGCCCCCAGUGGAAAUGAGAUUGCAGAAAAAAUGGAAGAGGAGACAGAGAAGAGGCCACAAGCAGAACCAGGGGCUGCAGUUGAAAGCACAGUAUGAUAAUUCUUUAGCUUUGGACACUCCUCUCCUUCAAAGGAAAAUGGUUUUGUAUAUAGUGUAUUUUUUCACUUUUUGGCAACUUUUGUAUGACUUCAAUAAAGAUUGUAAGCAAA